AAAGUAUAGAAAAUAUGUGGAAAAAGGAUGUCCUAUAACUAACAGUCAAUAGAUGAGUUCAUAUGUAUGCUCUGUAAAAUCCUCCUUGGGGGCAACUGAAAGUAUUGUUUUAAAAUGUCAUUCAAAAGAGAAGGUGAUGACAAAAGCUUGCUUGGAAUAUUAAGGCAAAGAAGAAUAAAAGACUUGUUAGCUGUAAAUAUUCCUGAAGAUGAAGCCUUAUUAACCAGCAAUGGCAGAUUGUCCUGUACUGUAUGUUAUCACAGACCAAUAUUUGAUACUCUGGAAAUGUUGUUGAUUCAUAGACAAGGCAAAAAGCAUUCAUCAGCUGUUGAAUAUAAGAAACAGGAGAAAAAAGAACUUCAGCAGCUGAUUCUGAAAAGAAAACAUGAGCAAUAUCUGAAGGAUGGAACCACACAUAUAAAACAGGCAGCUGAGGUUUCAGACAAUAAGAAGCUUUGUCUAGGACCUUCAUAUGACUCUAGAUGUCAAAGAACUAAAGCUAAACAACCAAAGAUCAAACUAGACUUGAAUAAUAGACAGACUACAGUUCCUGAAGCAACAGACAUAAAUCAGUUGCCUGGCAACAGAUAUAGUUCCCAUAGCAACAGUCAGGAUAAGAACAACAGUUAUGCUAAGAAAUCUGAUGACAAUAAAGAACCUAUUGACAAACAUAAACUAUGCAGUAUUAUUGAACCAUCAAAACCUGACACAGAUUUAGAUGCAUCUGAGGUUAUCUCUAAGGAUGAAUUAAAACUUAGACAGACUGGCACAGCUUUUGAUAUGAUACUGGAAAAACAAAUGGAAGGACCUAUUUUACAUACACAUCAACUGAAGAAUCUGUUUGUUCAGCCAAAAAAUGAACCAAUACGUAUUACUCCUUAUCAAAGUAAAAAGGUUAGAGUAAAACCAGCGGGAGAUUUAAAAUCCCAGCUAUCAUCCAGACAUACUUUGUCUUCCAGUCUCCUGGAAAGGAAUACACUAGAUGACCCAUCUCACUCACAAACUAAAAUAACAAAGUCGUCUAUAAAUAAAGAAUGCAAUAUGAAUCUGUCAGCAAAAUCCAGUGUUGUUAUGAAAGAUCCUUCUGAUAAACCGAAGAAAAAACAUCAAAAACAACUUCCUGAUAACAUAUUAAAACAAAAUACUCCAGUAUCAAACAGUGACAUUGAGGCACAGAAAGAAAAAGCUGAAAAAUACCUGCAUUUAAGAGGGGCUGGGUGGAAGAAAGAUUUAUUUGGAAAGUGGAUUAAAGAUGAAGAUGCAGAAUUUGAUUCAGAUGAAGAAGAACCAGAUUUACCAUAACCUUGAUACAGAAAGAUUAAAUGUUAUACAGAAUACAAAGUGUUAUCAAAAUA